AUGGCCUUGUCUUUCACUGAACAGCCCCCGCAGGGGAGGGUUCCUUAUGCGAUCCCGCAAUUGGAGGGUGAACGCAUCACGAUUCCGGGGAGCAAAGGAGCCUUUCGUAUCCUGGCUUCCUCUAAGCAGACCAAUGGCCUCAUGGCUGUCUUUCAGAGCGGGGCUGUCCUUUCAGACGCCCCGGGCUUUCACUAUCACAACCACGCCCAUGAUGUCUUCCUGGUGACCAAGGGCUUCUUGAAACUGUGGAAUGGAGACAAAUGUCGGAUAAUGGGGCCUGGGGAUUUCGCUUAUGUCCCUCCUACUGUGGUUCAUAACCCGGAAAUGCUGGGACCACAUACCGAGACCUACGGCGUCGUUACUCCCGGCGACUGGGUCGACUUCUUCCGCUACGUGUCCGAGCCUUAUGAGGGUAUCCUGGUUCCCGAGAACGACGAUCGCGACCUCAAGGCUCUGUUAAUACCCAAAGUGAUGGCUGCGAAGCAGGACUUUGACGUCGUGUUCCAACCACAUUACCAACCUCCUGCCCUAGGGGAGUGGAGUGCAGAUGAGGAGAAGCUCCCCGAGUCGUCACAACCAUAUUUCCUGCGCGCCAACACGGGUCCCAAAUGGAUGCUGGGAGGUGUCAUGUCCCGACCAUUUAUCACCACCCGCCAGAGCCAGGGUGUCUGCGCCAUUUCCAGCAUUGAAUCCUCUAAGACAUACGGCGAAACUCUACUUUCUAAAUUCCUGACCUUCCAGUCGGUUGAUCACUGUUUAUGUGUUCAGGAGGGGACAUUGACCGUCCAGCUGAAGGAUGGCCCCGAGUCAACUUUCCGCGAAGGAGAGACAGUUGUGAUCCCGGCCGGUCAGGCGUUCGCUCUAAGAUUCGCCAGUCGGUAUGUGCGGGUCUGGUCAUUUACCGAUGGCGAUGGCAUUGAGACUUUGAUCCAUCGGUUGGGCACACCAUUCGAAGGUGCUGUUCUACCUGACCAAGUGCCGGAGUGGAACCCGGCGGAGGUUGGGUCUGUGGCGUCCGAGUUGAAUGUGACCAUUGAACUCUAG